AUGGCGACUGCUUUACGAUCGAUGGCUCGUAGCUUGAGGAAGAAUAAUAUACCGCCGCUAUACAAUUCAUGCUCGUUUUUGCAAUCGCAUGCCACCAGUUUCGGUUUUAAGGAAGUUCGGGAAGAGGAAAAGAGCCAAAUGGUAGGUAACGUUUUCACAAGUGUGGCUUCAAGCUAUGAUCUCAUGAAUGAUGUGAUGAGUGGUGGUCUACAUAGAUUAUGGAAGGACAGGCUGGUUUCCAAGUUGAAUCCAUUUCCAGGAAUGAAGCAUCUUGAUGUGGCUGGUGGAACAGGGGAUGUUGCUUUCAGGAUCUUGGAAAGUAUAAAUAGUGUCAAAAAAAGAGCCACGCUAGAUGUUCACGAUGAUAAUUUGCUGGAAGAAACCAAGAUAUAUGUAUGUGAUAUCAACCCGAAUAUGUUAAAUGUAGGGAAAAAGCGAGCUGAAGAGAGAGGUUUUGGAGAUAAUAGAUCUCUUAUUUGGGUGGAAGGAGAUGCAGAAGCCCUGAAGUUUGAAGAUGAUUCAAUGGAUGGCGCUCUUCACCAUCUUGUCUAUUAG